UCAUGCUGCUGCCAGGUCCAGAGUCCUCUCAUGGGUCCCUGUACGGCCUCCCAUUGCUGCUGUCUCCAUCGCCACACUCUGCCAUGUGCCACUUUCAGGUCUCCUCACACUGCUGGUGUGUUCCAUUUUGUCAUAGGGUGCUGGCAGAUUACGGGCCUCCCAUUGCUGCUGCCAGGCCCGUAAUCUGCCAUGGGCCCCCGGUACCGCCUCCUCAUGCUGCUGCCAGGUCCAGAGUCUCUCAUGGGUCCCUGUACGGCCUCCCAUUGCUGCUGUCUCCAUCGCCACACUCUGCCAUGUGCCACUUUCAGGUCUCCUCACACUGCUGGUGUGUCCAUUUU